AUGCUUUUCCAUGCCCCCACAUGCAAGCUCGUAUCCAAGUCAUAUGCUCGCCUUUUGUAUAACGAUUUCCUCGCUUCCCCCGAAGCUCCCCAGUUUGACAGCGUUCCCCAAGACCUCCGUGAACUCGAUUACGAGCGGUCGCUCUCAGACCGAAACAUCGAGAAGACCUUUAUGGGUCUUUCCAAGAAGAAGUUUGAGGAGCGUGUGAAGCCUAGUUUGCUUGCACCCACACAGUGUGGGAACAUGUAUACCGCUAGUGUUUACUCUGGCCUUGUAUCCCUACUUUCCAAUAUUGACUCAGACAUCCUUCAAGGCAAGCGGGUUGCCUUGUUCUCCUACGGGAGUGGGUUGGCGAGUAGCUUGUUCUCCUUGAUAGUUAAGGGCAGCACCAAAGAGUUGGCCGACAAGCUUAACCUCAAAGAGAGGCUUGAAGCGAGAAGGGUUGUUGAGCCCCAGGUUUACGACUAUAUGUGCGAGCUCCGCCACCAGGCUCAUGGAAAGAAAAACUUUAUUCCCCAGGGGAGCGCUGAGACCAUCAGCAAAGGCGCUUACUACUGCCUCAAGGUGGAUGAGCUUUUCCGAAGGCAAUACCAGAGAAAGGAGUAAAAAAAUACAUUUUAUUUAUUCAUUGGAAGAUAUCAUGCGCUUUUAGACGGGUUUCAUGCCCAGACACAGUAUGUACGAAAGAUAAACUAUGUACCUAAUGAACGUCGGGUACUAAAUUC